CUCAGCAAUGCAAGUACUGUGCAAUAAUGGACGAAGAUCGUGGAGCCCGCUUGUACGUGCCGUCAGAUCGUUGAUUAGAAUAAAUUUAUUCGAUCAACAUAUCUAUUAACCGUGAGCCCUUCUGUAUUUUGAUUGUUGUUUUAUUGGUAUUCGCGUGUGACUUUAGUGACAAUUGCUUUAUAGUGAAAAUUUUGGCGCGCCACUUUUCGUCGGUUUAACGGAACUUGAAGAAUAAAUCUAAAUAAUAUAAACCGACGCGAUAUGAAGAUUGAUUGAAUAAGGGGAUCAUUGUAGAAUAAGGAUCUGUCAAUUGUUAUUAGCGUUAGCUCGUAGCAGGAUGAUUGUGCAAUGUGAAAAGUAUGUACAUGGCCAAGCCAUUGGCGUUUGGUAAGCGGGCGCAGAAUACGCACUAGAAUACGUACUAGAAUACGCGAGACCAGUGCCGUAAACAUCGUGCGAGUAAAUACGCGCUCUGCGUCCUCCCUGUGUAUACGUGUUAACGUUACGCACAAUUUCCCGAUCUUCGGAGUUUUCCAUUACGACGUAACCUUAUUCUUUUCGACAUUUUAAGUGUUCCUUUAGUUAAUAAUCAUUAAGUGAAAUAAUCCAAAUACUAAAUCCAUCUGAAAUCACGUAGUAAGGGAGGUUAGAGUCUUGAAGAGGUACGGGUUGGUGGUUAUCUAGACGGUCUUAAGUAUAUCGAAAGCGCUAACUUUCUGUCCCUCUAUGCGAAGAAAUUUUCCAAUUUUUCAUCGAAAGAUAAGAAAGUGAUAAGAAAUUUAGAGGACUAAAUAAAAGAAAAAGAAAAGAGAAGGAAAAGAGAUAAUUUAGUUUGUCUUUCUCUCAGAAUCUAACAUUAAAAAAAGGAAGAUAAGAGGAUUUUGGUAGCAUCGGGGGAGGUUUGGUUGGUUCUGGGGGAAACAGUGUGUAUAGUCGCGCGGCAUGAGAAAAUGAUGUGAUCGACGGUCAUAAUGGCGGCACCCAUGUUAAAGUGGAAGCGAAUCACAAAUCCGGCCGGGCCUCAGCCAAGACCCAGACACGGACAUAGGGCGGUAGCCAUUAAGGAUCUUAUGGUUGUUUUUGGUGGUGGAAACGAGGGUAUAGUAGACGAACUUCAUGUGUAUAAUACAGCUACUAAUCAAUGGUUUGUACCAACAACCAAAGGAGAUAUUCCACCUGGUUGCGCAGCCUAUGGAUUCGUGGUUGAUGGCACACGUAUAUUAGUUUUUGGUGGAAUGGUAGAAUAUGGAAAAUACUCUAAUGAACUCUAUGAGCUUCAAGCAAGUAGAUGGGAAUGGAAAAGAUUAAAACCUAAACCACCCAAACAUGAUCCUCCACCUUGUCCACGGUUGGGCCAUAGUUUUACCCUUAUUGGGAAUAGAGUCUUCUUAUUCGGAGGUUUGGCCAAUGAUAGCGAAGAUCCAAAAAAUAAUAUACCAAGAUAUUUAAAUGACCUCUAUACGUUGGAAUUGCUUUCAAAUGGAAAUACAACAUGGGAUGUUCCACUAACCCAUUGCCAUGCACCUCCGCCUCGGGAGUCGCACACAGGUGUUGCUUAUACAGACCGUACUACAGGUAAAUCUUGCUUGGUUAUUUAUGGUGGUAUGAGCGGCUGUCGUUUGGGUGACCUAUGGUUUCUCGACGUCGAUUCCAUGACAUGGAACAAGCCGGUAGUUCAUGGACCUACCCCACUACCGCGUUCUCUUCAUACUGCCACUUUGAUCGGACAUAGAAUGUAUAUUUUUGGUGGAUGGGUACCCCUUGUUGUGGAUGACGUAAAAGUAGCAACACACGAAAAAGAGUGGAAAUGUACAAGUACAUUAGCAUGUUUAAAUUUAGAAACAUUAACUUGGGAACAACUGACAGUGGAUUCUCUCGAAGAAAAUGUACCACGUGCGCGUGCUGGACAUUGUGCUGUUGGUGUGCACAGUAGAUUAUAUGUUUGGUCCGGACGCGAUGGUUAUCGUAAAGCAUGGAACAACCAGGUAUGCUGUAAAGAUCUUUGGUAUCUCGAAGUGAACAAACCAAUAGCACCUACUCGCGUUCAACUUGUCAGGGCUUCUACUCAAACAUUGGAAGUCAAUUGGAAUCCUACGCCUUCUGCACAAUAUUAUAUUUUACAAAUUCAAAAAUAUGAUAUGCCUCCUACUUCAACCGGAACAUUUCCAACUGUCAGCGCUCCUACUAGUACGCCGAUUACAACAUCAGCAGUGGCAACGCCUGCAACCAUACCUGUAACAACUCCUCCCAUUACGACUGUUGCAUCUCUUCCAUCGACUCCAACUUGUGCAAGAUCAUCGGUACCUCAAACUCCGAUAAGAGCCCAAUCAACCGUACAAAGUCCUGCCCAAAAGGUACCACAAGUUACGCCAAAAGUAACGAAUCCUAUGACUCCAAGAGUGGCUGGAAAUCUUAUAAGAAUUCGAUCACCUAUGGCAACUUCGGCAAGUACAACUACUGAACAAACUACUCCCAUCACAACUGUAACUGGUCAAACGCCGACUGCUAUGUCAGGAAUUGCAGCUUUGGCUGCAGCUGCUGCUGCUACUCCAAAAAUAAGUAUGAAUAAUGUACCCGUAAUACCGCAAACCACCGCUAAUACUAUUAGAAUGAAGAAUGUCCAACCGGGUCAGCAAAUACGUUUCGCUGCGCCCGGAGCAACGGUACUGCGUACUGCAUCUCCACAACAGAGUAAACAAAUAAUACUUCAGAAACCAGGUCAAAAUAUAUCUGGUCAGCCCCAAAUCGUACAUCUUCUUAAAACUGGUCAAGGUAUGGUAGCCACAGUGCCUAAAGUAAGUCUCAUCCCUGGGAAAACUGUUCAAGCGACUGGAGCAAAGCCGCUUAAUCAAGGACCUACAAUACUGAGACUGGUUAAUCCUAAUACCGUCGCAGGAUCUAAAAUAUUAACGACUAUGAAAACAUCUAGUAUUGUAGCUAUGAGUAAAGGACAAAAUAUAAGCGGAAAACAAACAAUAAUGAUUACUAAACCUGGUGGUAAUGGUGGCUUGGUUGGAAGAACAAAUCAAAUUAUUGUUGUUACCACGGGAUCUAGCUUAAGAGCUGUACAAGCUGUGACUACCUCCCAAGCUGGUACUGGUCAGACUGGUAGUUUAACCACUCCUGUUAACGUUUUACCUCUAUCCGCUACAAAUCAUGUAACCAAUCAACAAGGAGUCAAAAUGAUUGUGGUAUCUUCUGGAGCAAUGGGUGGAGCUACAGCUGGAAAGCCAAUAACCAUUACAGUUCCAGGGCAGGGUGGUGUACCAAAGACAGUAACUAUUGCAACUAAAGGAAAUCCUCAAGCAAUAUUCAAUCCUGGGAAAAGUCAAAUAGUUACGAUGCCACAGAUUCAAAAAGCGUCUGAGACUAUGGCAGUUUCUGGAAAGCCUGUAACACUGCAAAUGUCAGGAGGUAUAGGUGCUAAAACUGUUACUUUAAUGCCCACGAGUAGUUCAAUAGUUACUACAUCCAGUGCAUCCGAAACAAUAGACGCCAGUAAAAUGCUUUUUGUUCCACCGCAAAAGCAACCAUCAGCUUCAUUGGCAUCCACUUCGGAUGGUCCAGCUACCACAGACGCAGCUUUAGCUGCUCUCGCGGCAGAAGCAGGUUUAAUAGAUCCUGUUCAAGAACCAUCCGGUGGUCUGUCUUUCAUGGUAACCACGGAUGAUGUUACAGAAGGCGAUGGAAAAACAGAAGAUAGUUGUAAUGGUAACGAGGCAACAACAGCAGCAGCUUUAGUUUCUCAAAUGACCACUGGUGAAUCUAUGCAAGUCGAUGGAGAAGGAAAUUUUAUAAUUCCACAAGUCGAUGGUCCAUCUGAUAUUGUUUUAUCCGAAGAUGAAAAUAAUAAAGCCGAUUUAGAGGAAGAACCGACACCCGAAAAUCAGGAUGAACAACCAAUUGAGGAUUCUCAAGACAUGGAACAAAAUGUUGGUUCUGGUGUUACAGAAAAUGUUUCUAUGGAAGUUUCCCCUGUCAAGGAAACUGAAGUUAAAACAGAAACACCCUGCGGAACUUCUACUUCUGCAAUCGUUGAUGAAGAACCCAUAGAUUCGAAAGAAAAUAUAAUCGAUGUCAAAAUGGAAUCUAUAGAAAGUACUAAAGAGUCGGAUCUACCUAAUGAAAAUGAAACUCAAAUGAGCGCAGCAGCGGAAGAAAUGCAAAUAAAGAGUGAAAUAUUUACUGAACAACAAUCAGUUAGAGAAAUUACACCGGAAGAAAGUAUAACUGGGACAUUAGUAGAUUCGGUAGAAAUCAAAAGCGAGCAACAAGAUACAGGCAAUGAAUUAAAAAGUAUUUCUUUUGAUUCAUAUUCAUCUGAGGAAAAGCCUUUAACGUCCGAUCACAUAUCACCUGAUGACAAUGUUUUACAUCAAUCACAUAUCUCUACAGACGAAAACCAAGAAAUGGACAAUGUUAAAAACAUUAAGAAGGAAUCAGAAGAAGGAGAGCUUUUGAAGAAGAACUCUCCAAUAGAUAAUACACCAGACGAAGACGAACCUAUGUUAACGGAUAAUUCUUUACAAGAGACGGAUGUAAAUGUUCCUGUUGCAACUCCUGCUAUCCCGACAGAAUUACAAAUGAAGUUAGAAGAAGAAGAGGAAGAAGAAGAAGAAGACGAAGAGGAAGAAGAAGAAGAAGAAGAAUCGGAUGAAUCUAUGGAACAAGAUAAAAUUCCUGACGUAUCAGUAUCAAGCAUCAAUGGUAUAGCUUCAGUACUGAAAGAAUCGGAUGUUUCUCAGAAGUCAAUGACGACAGUAAAAGUGGAAAAUAAAGAAGAAAAUGUUACAAAAAGGGAUAACUUGAAGCAAGAUAAAGUACAUAAUAACAGAUCGGAAAGUGGAGAUGAUUCGACGGCAUUAACUACUUUGGCUACUGCUGCUUUGGGAUCGGCGGAACCACCUGUCAAAAUUAAAAAUGAACAAAAUGAAGAAGAAAAGAAAGAAGCCAAAUGGUAUGACGUAGGAGUUAUAAAAGGAACAGCUUUUACAGUACAGCAUUAUUAUCUUCCUGGAGAUGAGCCGCUAGAUGUAACGCAACCGUUGACGAUGGAUGUUUUUAAAGGAAGAACAAAGAUACCUCUCGAACCUGGAACUGCCUAUAAAUUCCGAAUUGCAGCUGUGAAUAGCUGUGGACAAAGUGCCUGGAGCGAGGUAUCAGCAUUCAAAACGUGUCUUCCAGGAUUUCCAGGUGCUCCAAGCGCUAUUAAAAUUUCUAAAUCUACAGAGGGUGCUCAAAUAUCUUGGGAACCACCACCUAGUAACGUGGGACCUAUAUUAGAAUAUUCUGUCUAUCUAGCAGUUAAAACUGCUAAUCCACCAUCAAUUAAUGAAGGAGAACAAAAAACGGUCGUGUCAACACCAAAUCAAUUAGCUUUUAUUAGAGUAUAUUGUGGUUCAAACAAUUCCUGUUCUGUGACUAAUAGUUCUCUAAGUACUGCUCAUAUGGAUGUAACUACAAAACCGGCCAUAAUCUUUAGAAUAGCAGCAAGAAAUGAUAAAGGAUACGGACCAGCAACACAAGUUAGGUGGUUGCAAGCAGAUCCAACUAACGCCGUAAAAAGCAAUCCACAGGUCAAACGACCUGGCUCGGAUAUACGUUCGCAAGUAAGUUCCCCGCAAAAAAAAGUGAAAUCAGACACACCAGGCGAUAAUUUUUCGUGAGCCUGUCGUAUUUGACUUUUUAUAACUCAAACGAAAUGCUAUUCAUUAUUUCAUUUCCGCUGACAUACACACGCCUAACGAUGAUAAUGAAACAGUGUAUUGUUUGAGCGAACAACGUGAUAUAUGUAUGCGAGUAAAUACAAAAAUUAAAUCUGCGAUAAGAGGUAAUGGAAAAAACGGAAGGAAAGAAAGAAAUAAAAUAAGAAAAAGAAGAAGAAGAUAUGUCCAUAAGUAAAAUGAUCGACGUAUACAAACAUAAGAAUUUAAAAAGUAUUUUAAAUGUUCUAUAUAAAUACAAGGUCUUUCUGUACCACGAUUUUCACUCACCGUUAUCCUCCUAUUCUUUCGCCAAGUAAGCGAAAAUAUUCUGUAAAGACAGUAUGAAUACCAUUAAUAAAUGACAAGAGGUAAUUA